AUGACAGCAGAUCUGGCCGGUCAGGUAGGGGGCUUGGAGACAAGAUUUCAAUCUGUCACUUUAGAAAAGCCUGGGAUCAAAGAAAGUAAUGACCAGGACAGUCCUGUUGUUGACGAUGUGCCGCCCAAGGUGACACCGGCAGUCGAUUCCCUCGCUGAAAAGACGUCUACCGGCACAGACGAGUCAGGUCCUAUACGAUAUAGAAUUGAAUAUGUCGGUAAAGACUCUGGUACUUUUUCGAUCCAGGGAAGAACAGCCACGCUUGACGCUUUGGAAGAGCCUCCAGUCUUUGAGUAUGUCGAGGUCCGCUUGUCAAGCCAGAAAGAACUGACUUCGGCGACAAAGGCGGAGGACAUAAAGAAGACCGAUAAGGGUAAAGGGCGUAUUGUUCAAGAUUUCGUCAAGGAGCACAUUCAAGAAGCCGUGAAUGCCGAAAGAGCCCGUCAUGCAAGGGGAUAUGCCACCUUUGACAUGCUCUGGCUCCUUUACCGGCCGGGUAUCGACGCCUACUUUGAUGUCUUCGAAGUCGCCGAGCAUGAGCCUUAUGUUGUCUCCAGUGUGGAUUACGAGCUCGUGAACGGCUCGACAAGUGCUUAUGAAGUCACGCUUUGGCAUAUCGACGCCGACUCUGUGUGGUACUCUAGUCUUGUCAUGGUUGACCCCAUUCACUACGCGAUGGUGGACGCUAGGGAAAGAACGGAGCUCCUACCUAGCCUGGAACAGCCAUCAGGGCCGGUCGGGAUCUGCGCAUGCCAGAACUGCGAGGAGGUCAUCUACAGCCAUGCCACCAAGCCCAAAUUUGCGAAAUAUUCCAGGGUCAAUCCUCUCCUAGUGGACGAGAUAUCGGAGCACCAAUAUUUCCUGUGCGACCAGUCCAUGGAGGCUUUCGUGUUCAAGAUCAGGGCUUGGAAGCUCCUUCGAGUCGACGGUUUCCAGGACCCAGUGUUUGACAGUGCCCUCUUCGACCGGCUCGUGAUGAAGAACUCCACAAAGGAGCUUAUCAAGGACUUGACCCAGGUAUAUAUCCGAGACAACGCUGGGUCACACCUUCGCGAGGAAAGGCUAUACACGAAAAUCACCGAUGUCUAUAAAGCGCCCGCGAACACGCAAACCAAGACGACCUGGUCUCCCGAUUUCAUUGAAGGGAAAGGCGAGGGCUUGACGAUACUCCUCCACGGAGGCCCUGGAGUGGGAAAAACGUAUACUGCAGAAUGUAUCGCCGAGUUUAUUGAAAGACCCCUGUUGUCCUUGACCUGCUCAGAUAUCGGCGUGAAACCGGAGACGAUUGAAGAAAACCUCGUCAAGUGGUUCAAGGCAGCCGAAAAAUGGGGCGCCGUUAUGCUUGUCGACGAAGCGGAUAUCUACAUGGAGGAGAGGCAGGUCCAGGAUAUCGAGCGAAACCACCUUGUUGCUGGUUUCCUGCGCGCCCUGGAGUAUUACAAGGGUAUACUUUUCAUCACGACGAACCGGGUGGGAACGUUUGAUGAAGCGUUUAUCUCGCGUAUACACUUGCAGAUACACUAUCCUAAUUUCGAGCACGAGGAGAGGGAACGACUGUGGAACACCUUUUUCGAGAAGCUGGAGGAGGACAGGGAAACGACGAUGCGAAUCACGCAAUCCGCCAAGGACUAUGUCCAGUCUCAGGAGAUGCAGGCCUUGGAAUGGAACGGUCGAGAAAUUAGAAAUGGUUGCCGUGGCACUCGCCGAGGCUCAAAACCAAAAGACAAGGAGGGGCGCAUCCUCAUCAAGUCGGACCACCUCAAGGCAACGGUGCAAAUGUCGAGAGAGUUCCGCAACUAUCUAGCAAAACUGCACAAGGGGGAUCUGAGCAAAAGGCUUCUCGGAUGGGCAACAGCCUCCGCCCCUGCUCCUCCGGACGAUACUACCAUUGAAUUACCUGAUCUUCUGAAGACGAAGUUUUUCCUCCUUGAGAAGGAGCCCCAUGUUCAGGUUGGCGAACGGCACCCCAACAAGAGCAUGGCUCGCGACCAUACUAUGGCCAGUGAUAACAAGGUCAAGAAGCCUCUCCGUCAUUACGUUCGUAGCUGUAUCGUCGGACUUAUUUGCUUGCUUGCCAUUCUCAUGGUCGCGAUGCCUGCCGCUCUUAUUGUGAGCGCUCUCUAUGGUAACACGGAAAUCACUGAUCCCUACAAGAACGCCACUACUCAGGGGACGACCCCCAGAACUCCCUGA